AUGGAAGAAUCGCCUUUCAAAGAUGUCAACACGAUGGAGUGGAUCGUGCAGAAUAACAGUUUGUCCUAUGAGGGUGUCGACAUAAAUGAGCAAACCAGUGCCACAGAGAAGGGGGAAGCGGUGGAGGCGGCCGAAGCGGUCCAGCUGAGCAAAAGCAAUGAAGCUGGUGAUGCUGCCCAUCCUGGCUAUGCUGCCCACCCACCCCACAUGCAACCCUGCAACAACCCGUUCAGCGCCCUGCUCGCCACAGAGCGAGAGCGCUCAGAUAAUCUCAUCAUCAGCGCGGAGGAGUACGCCAAGAACAUGCUGAAGUGCUUCUUCGAGACGAACAAGCAUCGGAAGGUGAAUAGGAAGUACAUCACGGUGUACAUAAAAAAGUGCAACGAGGAAGAAGGAAAAACAUACAGAAGCAUUAACGAGGUAUAUAUAUACGAGGCAGUGAAGAAUAAUAUCUGCACGUACAUAAAUAUAGACAAUAAGAUAGUGAAGAAGCUAAAGAGUACCGCUCUGCUGAUUACAAGUGGGACGGGGUCCACUGCCUGGGCAUACAAUGUGAACAAAAUUGACAAGAAGAAAAUGAAAAGUAUUAUCGACGAAUUUGUACGCAUACAAAAUGAUGUAGUGAAGGAGAACAUACAACCAAUCAACUAUGACAUUUUUUCUGAGUAUAUAAAUAAUUCCAUCUCCUUCCAUCCAAGUAGCAAACAUAUGAAGUGUAUUGUCAAAGAGCCCGUCGAAAAUAGUGUAUACGAUUCUACCGACCAUGUCUACAACUGCCAGUAUGUCAAUAUACGGACCUGCACGAGCAACACCAUCGUGUAUAUUGAUGGUAUAUACAACAUUAAGAUUCAGCCCAACGACUCGGUCAUUCUGAACAUAAAGGAGGGUGACUUUAUCGUCAGUUACAAGUAG